AGGAACGAACAACAAAUUAUUCAACGAAAAUGUGUUUGGUCCACACAUGACAUGCAACUCCGAGGAUAGAGCAGAAGAGCUUUUACACCAAGUAGCUACUGAAGGGAGGCUAUGUAGCGCCUGGGAAGAGUUGAAAACCUAUAUUGUUCAAGUGUUGAAAAGUGUUCAUAUGAAAUACACGGAAAAGGAAACUGUAGAAGCGGAUUCAACCAAGUUGUAUACUGAGUUGGAGACUAUGGUGAAAGAUUGUCAACGAGCUCCUUUUACCGUCCAAAGAAUAUGUGAACUUCUACUGAACCCUACUUAUAACAGUUUUGAAAAGUUUUGCCAAGCUUUUGAAAAACUAUUCCAUGUCGUUAGUCGUGUUGCGGAAGGGGAAGGUGUAUUUACUUCCAAUUUAUUGUACCUUCGGAAACAAAGGAACUCAGACUGGCAAGCUGCGGAUGGUGAAAGCUCUUGUUCUUCUACAGAAACAGAGAUACUUUCAGAUGCUGAGAAUUCCAAUACCGCGUUAUCUUGUGAACAGCAAGACAACAAUAUGAACGGAGGGGAAGAGGAUAGUACUGAAGCUUAACUUUUUAACAACGUUAGGCAGUUGUUGGUCCCCUAUGAAAGGUUUCCAUCACUGAGGGCUGUUGUUCGAGACUGACCAUGGUCCAAAAAUGAAGAUAUGUUUCUUUAUGAGAGAAAUACUGGACAUUGUAUAUUCUUUGGUUGUUUUUUAUGAUGGUUUUACUAUAGGGUGGUACAUACCAAUUAAAUGGUUUAUUGUCUUAGCAUAACAAGGUGAAGUAUGCUAUUUGAAUCUUGGAAAAAUUACUUUUAGUUGCAGACGAAAUAUGGUGGAAGACCCUAUGUUUCUGUUAUGAAGAAAAGUUUGAAUAAAACUUUCAAGUUUUUCUGUUUCAUGAUUGAGUUAAAGAUUCUCCAC